CAUUGUCUUUUCGCAUGUCUGCACGUGUUGUAAAACUUAACUUGUGUCUAUGUACUUGACUAUAAUAUGUGCUCGUUCGAAAAUUUAUUGCAAGCGUGGGGUUUUGCGUGCAAUAUACCCCAUUUUAACGAACAGGGCAUUGAUGACGAAAGCUUCGAUAUAUUGGACGGUGAAACGAUUCAAAUUUUGUUUCCCAAGAGCGGACCUCGCCUACUUUUCAAAAGAAGGUAUAUGGAAUAUCUGCAGCAAAAGAAGGCGCAACAAAUUAGUCUAGAUGUAUCAAUAUCAAAACCUACUACUUCUGCAUCAAUUGCCUCAGCGUCAACCGAGACAGAAAGUAGUCAAUCCGACAUCUUCUUCUUUGAGCCCGAUAAAGAGCUUUUAGAAGUUUUAAGUUUUCCUGAUGAAUCUUCAAAUGCUACAAAAAGAAUUUUAGAAGAUAGAACUGAGGACUACGUAAAUAAACGAAGCAGUACAGACUCUCCAAAAAAUAAGAGUUUAGAACAAUUAUUCCGCAGUACACCUGAAGGACAAAUUAUUCUAGCAAACAGAGCAAAAUUGAAUAAUGACUUACGAUCAAAAAUUGCUAAGAUAGUUGUAAGGUCUUUAUUAGAUUGUUCCGAAGGUCAAUCCAGGAUAGAAAUAAAUACUUUACAAUUUGUGAGAGCUGCAAAAGAGAUUGCAGAGUUGUUUCCAGGAGAAUCUGAACAUACAUACUACAUUCCUUAUUCAUCAUCAAAAAAGGGACUAAGACGUCAACCUGCACGUGGAAAAUUAUGGUCUAGGUAUAUUAAUUUAAAGGCUGCAUUGCGAUUGGUCAAUGCUGCUAAUGCAGACGUGGAACAAGAAAACGUACCUUCUACUUCCAAUACGAGUUAUGAUGAGGAGGAGAAAAUAGCUUUUCUCAAAGUAGCAGUAGAACCAUUUGACAAAAUUUUAAGUUAUUGGGAAGAUACAUACUUAAUCAGACAAAGAAAAUGCAAAAGUUAUGAAUUAGAGGAUAUAUACAAAGAAUUCCCUUGUUUAAGUCUACAUUAUGGAAUAACUUUAUUGGAAUCAGACUUCAACCAUAGUAAUGAAGAAAAAAUUGAUAUAAUUUAUUCAGAGUGGCCAAAAAUAGCCCAGGCAAUUAUCAUUGAAGCUAAAGAAAGACAACUUAUUCUGAAAGAGGAUGUUAUAAAAGAUGUUAACUCCAAGGCACUUUUAGUUCUACCAUACCUUUUUUCGCCCGUUACUAUUAGGAAUUCAAAAAAAAGAGGAAUUUGGAGACCAUCAAGGUCAGAAGUACAAGAAAGUUUUCUUUUCAAUGUCCAGGAAUUUGCUGAAGCAAGCAGUAUAGUGGAAAGAAGAAAACAGAAGCUCCAUUCAUAUGAUCUACCCCUUCAACCUUUUGGAGUAAUUGUUGGAGAUGACUGCCAAGAUGUAAGGGCAUUUUAUGUCUUUAUUAAUGGUAAUAAAUAUACAUGUGAAAGUGGAAUAAGGUGCCUUGAACUUCUUUAUAAAAGUUUUCACGCUUUGAAUUUAGAGUACCCUAGUGAAUCGAAACACGUCUGGUACUUUGUACAGGAACUUGUUUUUAAAACUAGUGUUAGUAACAAAGUAGGAAGUACGAGUAGCGUCAUUUCAGACAUUAAUUUUCAUUUGAAUAACUUACAUUAGUUUAAUAAAUACAAAAAAUGCCUUCUUGCAAUAAAUGUCAGGCUAAUUUUAAUAACAUUAAAUCGUUAAUAGUGCAUUUGAGACUUUUACAUGGUCUAACAGAUAACAGUAAAUUUUGUUGUAACGAAUUUCAGUGUUAUAGGGACUUUAAUUCCCUUAAUUCCUUUAAGAAACAUUUAAGUAAAAAGCAUGGCAACCAUAGAACUAACUCCAUUUCUAAUACAAUUGCUAUUAACAGCAUUAAUAUACCUAUAACUAACAUUAUUGAGACAUCAUCUUUAAUAGACCAUAGUAGCACCACUGACACUUCAAAAACACAAAAUAUGAUCAUUGAAGAUAAUCUGUUACUAGAAUUUCAAAAUGAACUUAAAAAUAAUACAUUAUUGUUUGUAACUGAUUUAUAUGGGAACACAACAUUAACACGAAAACAUGUGCAGUGUGUAAUUGACAAAGUGGAAACAUUAUUUGAAAAGCCAUUACGUAUUUUUGAAACAUACCUGUCAAACGUGAUUAGCGAAUACAAUAUUUCUGAAAAAGAUUCUAAAUGUUUGAAUAAGUUUUUGCAUGAAUUUCAAAAUACAUUUCAAAGUCUUGCCACUGAACAUAAACGAUUUGCGUUUUUAGAAAAGUCCGAGCUCUUCAUUCCUCCUGAAGCAUAUACAGUUGGGCAACGAUAUGACAGAUUUAAAAAUAAUAUUGCUACUCCACAAAUUUAUAAAGCUCAACAUAUUCCAAUUCAUAAAGUUUUAAAACAUUUUAUUCUUCUACCAAAUGUAUUAUUGGAAGUUUUGCAAUAUUUAGAGGAACUGAAUUCUGAAUUAGUAAUAUCAAACAUAGUUCAAACCGAAUUUUGGAAAAAUAAAAUAAAGGGUUUUGAAUCCAGAUCAUUAGUUCUACCAUUGUUUGUAUACUUUGACGAAUAUGAAAGCGGAAAUCCAUUAGGAUCCCAUUCGGGCAUUCACAAACUGGGAGCUGUUUAUUUUUCCCUCCCAUUUUUACCUAUCAGGUAUAGAGCAAAAUUAGAAAAUAUAUUUCUAUGUCUUCUAUUUCAUAGCUCGGACUUAAAGGACUUCGGAAGUAAAAUUAUUUUUUCAAAAUUAAUUGAAGACUGUAAUCACUUAGAAUCGAGCGGUAUAACAGUAAAUAUUUCAAAUAAAUAUUAUACGAUCUAUUUUUCUAUUGCUUUACUCUUAGGAGAUAAUCUAGGGUUAAACACAAUGUUAGGAUUUACCCAAAGUUUUCGAUCCAAUUAUUACUGUAGAUUUUGCAAAUGUAGUCGUGUCGAAAUGGAAAAGUUAGUUAUCCAAUGUGACAAUAAGAUGCGAAAUCAGAACAAUUACAGAAAAGAUGUUCAUGUUAAUAAUAUCAGUGAAACAGGCAUAAAGGAGGAAUGUGUUUUUAAUACUAUUAAGUCUUUUCAUGUUACUGAAAAUUACUCAGUUGACAUAUCCCACGAUAUUUUCGAAGGAGUAGCAGCAUAUGAUAUAGCGGAGAUAUUAUAUCAAUUUGUUUUUGUGGAUAAAAUACUUUCUGUUGAAAUUAUAAAUACUCGAAUUAAGUAUUUCAAUUAUGGAAAAGAAAGUAAUAAGCCACCUCUGAUUAGUUUAGAAAAUUUGAAGAAAAAAAAGUUAAGAAUGUCAUGUGCAGAGAUGAAAUGUUUUAUUUUAUAUGGCGGAUUGCUAUUAGGAGCAAUUGUCCCUGAAGAUAACCAAUUUUGGAAACUUUAUUUGUUGUUAAGAAAAAUAAUAGAUCUUGUAUUAGCAGAUGUUGUAACUAAUGAAACUUGUUGUUUACUAAAAGAUUUAAUUGCUAAACACCACAGUCUUUAUAAGGAAUUAUUUAAUACAACAUUAAAACCCAAAUACCAUAAUUUAGUUCACUAUCCUUUUAUAAUGAAACAAGUUGGACCAUUAAAACAUUUAUCUUCGUUACGAUUUGAAUCAAAACACAGAGAAUCAAAACUAAGUGCUAAUGUAAUUGCAUCUCGAAUUAAUAUUACUUAUAGCUUAGCUCUUAAGCAUCAAUUAAAGUUGGUUCAUAGGCUAAAUUCAAAACAAGGUUUUUCAAAUAGCAUUAAUUAUAAGAAUAGCAAUCCCACUAUAAUUACAUCUGUUUUGCCAAAUUUCAAUAUGCUGGAAUCGACAUCAACAUGUUCUUUUAACAAUUUCAAAGAUGAUGUAAAAUUUUGCAAAAAAAUUGAAAUUAAUAACUCGAAUUAUGAAAUUGGUAGUAUAAUUUGUAUUGCAGCAAAGGAGUUGCCAAUAUUUGGUUGUAUAACUCAUAUAAUAGUAAAUUCUCAAGAGGAAAUCUGUUUUAUUUAUGAAGAAUAUAAAACAAUACUAUUCAAUAAACAUAUACAUUCUUUUGAAAUUUGCACUAAUACAAAAGUAACAAAACGAAUUCUUGAUUCCAAUGUUUGUUACACUUCAAAUCUUAUCAUUUCAUCUGCAUCAAACAAAAAAUAUGUGACACUGUUUGGGGGCAUUUUUGUAUAAUUACUUAUAUAGUUUUUAUUAUUUGUUCUGUUUAAAUGGAGAUUACUUUAGGUUAUAAUUUUUAUAGAAGGCAUGUAAUACUUUAGUUUUCUGUAAGUAGUUUUUGUUUCUAUAAAAUAUUCAAAUUAAAUUAAUGUUAGCUUUAACUUAGUUUUAAAAAGUAAUACUUGUUUAU